AUGGUCGCAAAUCCGGCAACCUCGCCCCCACAUCAUUUUCAGCGUCGAGGACAUUCUCGUUCGAUUAGCCAUCCAUUCCCGUCGCCAUUUUCCAGCAGAAGGCGAAACAAGUCGAUAUCCAAGCACGACUUUCUGGAUUCCGACGACGAUGACGACGAGGUCACGUAUUUACCUGAUCCCCUUUCCAGCAGUCCCCGGAAAGGUGCCCCGCGCUUGUCCCCCGGGGAGGAGUUGACGACAGGGAAGUGCAUGACAUGCAACUGCUCUGUCCGAUGGCCCCGGAACCUCAAAGUCUUUCGAUGUACAGAAUGCCUCACCGUCAAUGAUAUGGAACCGCACAGGGGGUCCCCCGAGUCGAGCGGGCAUGCUCAUCCAGGAAAGGACGACAAACCAUUGCCAACGAUCCCCAGGAAAGCUGGGCGAUCAUGCGAUCAAGCAGCCAGGGAUAAGCCAAGUCGCCCUUACAUAUUUAGGGCGGUAGAAGAAUACAUCAUAACUUCAUUCAAAGGCUGCGAUUGUCUCAACAGUUCCUUCACUACGGUACAGCAUGCACUACCGUCUACAAUGAAUCCAUUGAUUUACUCGUCGAGUCAGCACGUCGCGCUCCACCCUGGAGCUACUUCUGCAGCGCGCAGUGAUAGAAGACCAUCUAAUACGAAAGAUACCGGUCAUAAACCAGUGCCCCCUGAUAUCAAAUCUCCCUCCAGACAUCGGAGCGGAGGGCCCGGCCACCAUUCAGGCAUCGUCAAGCGGAUACUGGGCUUGUUGGCGAACUUACCCAAUGACUGUCAUCACUAUCUUGUUUCUUGGUUUUCGCGGUUUUCAGCAGGGCAAUUCGAAAAGCUUGUCGAUUUCGUCGGCAGCUUCGUGACAUAUCGAUUGACACGUCAACAUGGGCGGAAACGCAGCGAGUCGGCACAGCAUGAUGACGAUUUGAUUCCAAGCUUUUCCAGCGCCGCCGGCAAUACGCCAGCGGAAUUGCAUGCGGCCAUUAAUGGGAGAAGCACCAGCAAACAGGCCACCGAGAAACGCGAUCAGCCAGUGGUCUAUAGUGACGACUGGCAGCUUCGGGCAGCAGCGAGAGUAAUGUCACUUCUUUUCACUGCCAACAACGCGAACGUUGCUCGAAAACCAGAUGGAAUACUCGGUCAGGAAGCAGGCUCUGCGGCCAAACCUCAAGGAUACCGACGAGGGCAAAUUGUCCCAGUCAGCGCAUUCUAUAAUACACUGCUAGACUACUCGGACCUUGUGGCUGAUUUUGAAGCCUGGGAGUCUAAGAGCACAAAGUUCUCUUUCUGUCAAUACCCAUUCUUCCUUAACAUUUGGGCCAAGAUUCAUAUACUUGAGCACGAUGCACGCCGGCAAAUGGAAGUCAAAGCCCGCGAAGCCUUCUUCAAUAGCAUAUUGAGUCGGAAAGCGAUCAGCCAGUAUCUUUUGUUACGGGUGCGACGCGAUUGUUUGGUCGAUGACAGCCUCCGAAGUGUUAGUGAGGUUGUAGGUUCGAGUCAAGAAGAGAUCAAGAAGGGCCUCCGCAUAGAAUUCGUCGGUGAAGAGGGUGUGGACGCAGGUGGUCUCCGCAAGGAAUGGUUCUUGCUGUUGGUCCGGGAGAUCUUUGACCCACAUCACGGACUGUUUAUCUACGACGAAGACUCGCAGUUUUGUUAUUUCAAUCCGUACUGCUUCGAAUCAUCGGAGCAGUUCUUCUUGGUCGGAGUCCUACUGGGACUAGCUAUAUACAACUCCACCAUUCUUGAUAUAAACCUUCCGCCCUUCGCGUUCAAGAAGCUUUUGGCUGCCGCGCCGCAAACGACUGGACCACAGCCUGCAACAACACGGUCAACGUACAAGUGUAACCUCGAUGACCUGGCCGAGUAUCGACCUCCACUCGCGAAGGGCCUCCAAGCCCUUCUGGAUUUCGAAGGAGACGUUGCGGAGACCUUUUGCUAUGAUUUUGUCGCUCAAAUGGAUCGCUAUGGUGAAGUAGUUGCGGUACCGCUCUGCACUGGGGGCGAUAAGCGGCCUGUUACAAAUGCGAACCGACGGGAGUUUGUAGACUUGUAUGUUCACUACCUGUUGGAUACGGCCGUUACCAGACAGUUCGAGCCCUUCAAACGUGGCUUCUUUACUGUUUGUGGCGGUAAUGCGUUAUCCCUCUUUCGGCCCGAAGAGAUUGAACUUCUUGUACGUGGCUCAGAUGAACCGUUGGACGUGGCGUCCUUACGGGCAGUUGCUACGUAUGACAACUGGUCGGACCCCCGACCAGAGAUGGUGCCGGUCGUGCAGUGGUUCUGGGAUUUCUUCGAACACACACAGCCGCAGGCACAGCGAAAGAUACUAUCGUUUAUUACCGGCAGUGAUCGUAUUCCAGCCAUGGGGGCAACGAGUCUCAUAAUCCGGGUGGCCUGUCUGGGAGACGACUCGUCGCGAUUCCCUACUGCACGUACAUGUUUCAAUAUGUUAGGGUUGUAUCGGUAUACUACACGGGAACAAUUAGAGCAGCGGCUCUGGGGAGCAGUGCUCAACAGUGAAGGAUUUGGACUGAAAUAG